AUGGGGGCGUUGGCCAGGGUUGCCUCUGAACCUCUGCCCCCUUCCCUUAUAGUAUGGUCUCCAAAGUCUCCUCCCCCCACUCUGCUGGAGGCUCUGAGCAGCGACUUCCUAGCCUGUAAAAUCUUGGAGCAAUUACACUUGCCCAAGACGCUGCCUUGUCUACAUACCUAUUGCCAGGACUGUCUGGCCCAACUGGACAUCGGUGGUCAGGUCCGCUGCCCCGAGUGUCGGGAGACUGUGCCUGUGCCACCCGAGGGUGUGGCCGCCUUCAAGACCAACUUCUUUGUCAAUGGGCUCUUGGACCUUGUCAAAGCCAGGGCUUCUGGGAGACGCGCAUUCGGGGAAGCCAACGUUGCGCUCUGUGCCCUCUGGUGGGAGGGUAAGAGCUCUGGGGGCCCCGCCACCGCCCGAUGCCUGGACUGUGCGGAUGAUUUAUGCCAGGCCUGCGCCGACGGGCAUCGCUGCUCCCGCCAGACCCAUAAGCACCGCGUAGUGGACUUGGUGGGCUACAGAGCCGGGUGGUAUGAUGAAGAGGCUCGCGAGCGCCAGGUCCAGUGUCCCCAGCACCCAGGGGAAGCCCUCUGCUUCCUGUGCCAACCGUGUUCCCAGCUGCUCUGUAAGGACUGCCGUCUGGGGCCCCAUCUGGAUCACCCCUGCUUGCCUGGCGGAGGCAGUGCGUCCCGGAAACCGGGCCUGGAGGAGUUAUUGGCAGGUGUGGACAGCAAUCUGGUGGAGCUAGAGGCCACCCGGGGGGCAGAAAAGGAAGCCUUAGCCCAGCUGCGAGAGCAGGCAGCCAGUGUGGGAACGCAGGUAGAGGAGGCCGCUGAACGGAUCCUCAAGUCCCUGCUGACCCAGAAGCAGGAAGUCUUGGGACAACUCCGGGCCCAUGUGGAGGCUGCUGAGGAGGCUACCAGGGAGAGGCACAAGAUAGAGAGCCAGGAGCAAGUGGCCAAGGCGGCUGCUGCCUUUGCCCGCCGAGUGCUUAGCCUGGGUCUGGAGGCAGAGAUCCUGUCGCUGGAGGGAGCGAUCACACAGCGCCUGCGCCAGCUUCAAGACUCUCCCUGGACACCCGGGCCUACCCGCUGUGUGCUGCCCAAGCUGGAGCUCUACCCUGGGCUCCAGGACAAGAACUGCCACCUGCUUCGACUCUCCUUUGAGGAAGAACAAUCCCAGAAGGACUCUGAGAAGGGCGGAGCUGGUACCAAGGAGGAGAUGACUCUCAAAGCCAAGGGGAGGAGAGAACCAAGGACAGGGAAGCAGGCUGGAGCCCAGUCCCUGUGUAAGGAUGGAGCCCAACUCCCCAAAGAAGGCAAGGCCCAGAACUCCCAAGAAGAUGACGAUGUCCUGAUCGAAAGGGGUAACAGAUCUAACAAGAAGAAGAAGGUGCAAGGGAGGUGGCAAGCCAUUUCUCGGGAGCCCAGCCCCAUCCUGAGGCCAAACUAGAAGGGUCAGGCCCUCCUCCCUCGGCCCGUUUUCUCCUGGAGUUUCCCCACGAGGAUGCCUGGAGACAAACGUUCCCCGCGUAUCACCGGGCUCUGCCCCUACGGCCCACAGGAGAUCUUGGUGGCGGAUGAGCAGAACAGGGUCUUGAAACGCUUCUCUCUUAAUGGCGACUACAAGGGCACAGUGCCGGUUCAGGGUUGCUCCCCGUGCAGUGUGGCUGCCUUACAGAAUGCGGUUGCUUUCUCCGCCAAUGCCAGGCUCUAUCUCGUCAGUCCUGAGGGAGAAGUCCAAUGGCGAAGGUCCCUGAGCCUCACCCAGUCCAGCCACGCUGUGGCCGCGAUGCCGUGUGGAGACCGGGUAGCGGUCAGCGUGGCGGGCCACGUGGAGGUAUACAAGAAGGAAGGCAGCCUGGCUACGCGGUUUAUCCCCGGAGGCAAGGCUAGCCGGGGCCAGCGGGCCCUGGUGUUCCUGACCACCAGCCCUCAGGGCGAUUUCGUGGGGUCAGAUUGGCAGCAGAACAGUGUGGUUUUCUGUGAUGGGCUGGGCCAGGUCAUCUGGGAAUACAAGGGCCCGGGUUUACACGGCUGCCAGCCAGGUUCCGUGUCCGUGGAUAAGAAAGGCUUCAUAUUCCUGACCCUUCGAGAGGUGAACAAGGUGGUGAUCCUGGAUCCCGAGGGGUCUCUCGGUGACUUCCUUACAGCGUAUCACGGCCUGGAAAAGCCCCGGGUGACCACCAUGGUAGACGGCAAAUAUCUGGUGGUGUCCCUCAGUAACGGGACUAUCCACGUGUUUAGGGUCAGGUUUCCUGACAGUUAAAGGGGCUUAGGGCUGGGAUGGGAGGGCAGGCGGGGAGGGAGGGCACCCAUGGGAUGAUGUAGCCAAGGCUGUUUUUCCAGCUGGCAAAAUGCUUGCUCCUUUUGUGAUGUAUGGGGAGAAGGGACAGCAAGAGCAGUGGCAGUGUGACCAUAACCUCAGGAGCACGCAGCGGGUGCCGGAAGUCAACCCAACUGCUUCCUUUGGAGUGACUCCUCCCGCUGGCGGCUCCGCUGUAUAGUUUAGGUUGUCUUUAUAUAAGUGAUUCUUGAACUGUAUUCUUCAAACCAUUCCUGGGGUGGGGUCACGAAUCCUCUGUAGAGCACUUGCCUAGAAAUCACAAUGAGGCUGGGGGUGUGGGUAUGGCUCCAUAGUAGAGUGCCAGCCUAGAGUCUACCAAUAAGGAGUGGAGGUGUGGCUCAGUGGUAGAGCCCCUGCCUAGAAUCCCCCAGUGAGGGGAUGGGGUGUGGCUCAGUGGGAGAGGUCCUGUCUAGCCUGCAGGAAGUCCUGGUCAAUCCCUAGGUCUACCCUCCUACCUGGGGGAGAAACAGAUGGAACAGGUGGAAAGCGAGGUCUAGGGAGAUGACUUAUGUCGUUCUCCAAGCAAAGAACAACACAGUCUAUGUCAAGACAUGGUGGGCAUGGUGGAAAUGGGGUGAAAGCUGGCCAUUCUCACGGGGGUAUAAGAGGUCUCAGAAUGGCGAUAACGAUGCCAUGUUCUGCUAACCACCAUCAGGGAGAAGAGACUCCCUCAGUGAAGUAUGGGGUAGAUUUCAAGAGGUCAGAGGUCAGAGAGUGCAGGCAGAGGCCAUAGAUGUGAGAUUAAAGCCAGGUGUGCAUCACAACACACCUGUAAUCCCAGCACUUGGGAAGCUGAGGCAGGAGGAUCAUACGUUUGGGCUACAUUCAGAGACUGUAAAAGAGCUGGACUCUUCCCAACUCUCAAGCACCAGGCUGUCCCGUGGACAGAGCCCCAUCUCUGGCCACAUGAUCACUGGAUCAGCAAGGAUACCCACUGUGAGAGGGAGUCACCCUUCCAGAUGGUGGCUGAGAGGCCUCAGCAUCAACGCUUGAGGGGUCCUGUCCGGAGAGGAGUGCGUCGGCAGGGCUGUGACUUGGUGGCCGUCCUUGAGUGCUCCACCGAGCUCACCGGGCAUCAUCCUGCCCUUCGGUGCCCACAAGCCGGACACCUCCCGAGUUCUCAGACGCCAUCAAGGCCCUCAGAAACCGUGAUGAUAAGAUCCGUGUGUUGCCGAGUAAGGCUCACUGGAUGGGGUGGGGGUCUUGUGGUUGCUGGUGAAGCCCAUCGACACCCCCAAGGUGUCCAAGUCUACAUCAACUGGUUCCGGUCUGACGACCAGAAGCCUUUGAGAUGGGAAAUCAGAACCCUUUCCAAGACGCCACCCUCAGGAUGCCCAGUGACUUGGUGAGUGGCCAGGCUGGCCGAGAUCCAUCCCCUCAAGAAGGAGAAGUGUCAGAAGAUGGUGAGGGGACAUCAGAUCCUUCCUGGCCAUUGUCCCGAGCCUUCGGGAGAUGCAGGGACUAACAGACCCAGGACUUCAGCAAGCUUCGGCCUUGGAGUCUGAGAUGCCGGACAUUGUGGACAAUGUGCUGGGCAGUGACAUCACUUGUAAGACAGUAAGGGUGGGUCUGGAGGACUCCCUGACAGACACCCUUGCAGGCGUGCCGGUGGCAAUCUUUGGGCGUGGCUAGAGCAAGAGUGUGAAGGGCGGUGAGUUGGUACCUAGCAAGCACAGGACUACCUACAGGAUCUACACACACACCCCAGCCCUUCCCCUGCCAUCGGCUGCAAGAUCACAGGCACCAUCAGGAAGAAAGAUGAAUUCCAUCUUGCCUAACAACAAGGUACAACUGGAGGAUCCACUGAGGCACCCACUGAGCUGCCCCCACACCUCACCUCACCUUCCAAGCAGAAGCACAAAUGACCCCUCAGAGCUGCUGUCACCUCCCUCCCACCACCUCUGCACCUGCCCAGGUGAGCUGGGGCCUGGGAGGCAUAGAUUAAGGGAGGAACGUUGUCUCCAUAUUUCAAGGUCCAUAAAGACUCAGCCAUGAUUCCUUAGCUCUCGAAUAAGAGAAAGAGCAUACUUCUUUUAAGUAUGGGCUCGGUGGGGGAGCCAGUGGUGAUGCUUAGAUGCAAACAGUGGAGUUUUAUACACAAAAAAUAUGGGUAUCUUUAAUAUGUAAUAUUAGAGGUGAAAAACACAGUUUGUAUUUAAAUAGGAAUUGAGAUCUCUGUAAUCUAACACCUUUCUUAUGCUUUCCAUAUGCUUCCUAGGAUCUUAUUAAUUUACUGCUUUUCCUUAGCUUUCUUGGUAAAAUUCCUUUACGGAAAUGUUAGCCUUUAUGUGGACAAAGCGAAGUGGGGUUUGCCGCGAUGGGAGGGGUGAGGGGGGUGCCACCGACAUGGGAUUGGAGUGCCGAGAAGAAUUUGGGGUCAUGAUGGAGGGGGGCUGAGAUGUAGGGGUGUAAGAAUCUAGAGACGGAUACAGCCGGAGGUAGCAGCAGCCACUGCCGUCCUUUGGACCUGUGCUGGCAGCUUUGGAGAGGAGAUGGUGGAGGUCACUGUGGGGGGCUUGUUUAGCCGGGAGCUGUGGGGAAUGAUGCUGGAGAGAAACUUAAGGUGGGGAGGGCGGUGACACGGUGUUUGCAGGAUCCAGGGGGCUUGGGAACCAACCCAGAUGGGAAGUUUAGGGAAGAGAAAGGGUGUCUUUUUCUGGGGGACAUGUUCCUGUUUGUCAAAACCAGUGCAGGAACUCACCAAUGUCCUGAUGAUCAGCUUUGAAUACACAUAGAUUUUCAAAGCCUGCCAUGUGGUGCAGGCCUGUAAUCCCAGGGCUCAGGAGGGGGAAGGAGAACUGUGAGUGGGAGGCCAGCCUAGGCUCCAGAGACCCUCACCAACAAAGGCAGACAGGGCUAUAGGUUCAGUUGGUAGAGUGCUUGCCUAACAUACGUGAAGCCUUGGUUUGAUCCCAAGCACUGAACAGAAACACGUAUAGUACAUACCUACAAUCCUAGCGAUCGAGUGGAGGCAGGGGAGUCAGAAGUUCAUACUCACCAAAGCAUAAAGGAAGACAUGGAAGCCAAUAAGAUUACAAAACAACAUGGACUUUUGAUUUGAUAAGGAAAAGCUGAAUCGCUAAUGUACCCAGUUUUUAAAAAAAAAAAAAAGACCUGUUUCCUGUUUGGACAAAGAACAAACUA